CACACACACUCUCUCUGUGUCAGUGCACCAUGGAGAGAUCCGCUGUGGUGUCGGGCCGCAGGAGUCCCCCAGUACCAGAUUACAACAUCUCGACCUCCACCUUGGCCUUCGACCAGCAUUUCACCACGACCGCUGAGGGAGUUCUCCUCCAGGCUGAAAUAGUGUUUGGUAUGUUAGUGUGGAUUCUCAUUGGGGGUACAGAGUAUUUUCAUCUCUCUGCUCUUUGCUGGGUGAUGUUUGUCGCCCUCUCGUGCUGGGUUCUGACAGUUUGCCUGUUUUUAAUUUAUCUCACUGGAGCUCACAGGAGAAUACCACGGGUCCCCUGGACGACACUGUCCCUGUGUUUCAACUGCAGCGCAGCAGCUCUCUAUCUCGCGACAGCAGUAUCAGAUGCCCUGACUGUCAACCAGGCCACAAGGGGGCGGCACAACUACAACUGCUGGGUCGCAUCUACAUUCUUUGCCUCUCUGACCACACUGUGCUAUGCAGGAAGCAGCUACCUGAGUUUCCACGCCUGGAAAACCACAGAGGAGGAGCACUAGUUUAAUUAAGUUACCAUCAACGAAGGAGGUGCAUUACCGAGGAAAGGACAUGAAGGGAAUAUCAGAUGACAGGAGAUCAAGCUUCCAACAAGAUGCGUCAGUUCAAUCAAAACUUGAGGAGACUGUAAAUGAUCACGAUGGAAUGUAGAAUAUUUGACAGGUAAUUCAGUAAAGUUCAUUGAAGACAUAUCAAUUUAAAGAUGAAACAAAAAAGCUGCUUUCAAAAUGUAUGUGGUUGUUUGUGCUCAACAGCCAUGAAUUGCUUCUGGGAAAAUGGCAAUUGUGUCAAAGUGAAAAAACUUCCUUGGCAGAGAUAACCACAACUGACCAAACAAACAAAUGGUGCCCUCAUGACCAGAUUCAACACAGAGUCAGUCACACAAAUGGUUAAGUAGCAGAUAGAACGUGUUGUUUCGAGUAGUUUAUGUUUAGAUCAUUUAAUCUACCUUCUAGUGUUGAACAAAUGAAGAGACGUUGAAAAAAUUUUGAGGAAAAGCUGCAACGCAGACAGAGGUCAGGCUGUGAAUAUGUAGCUUCACUGACCAUGUUUAAUUUGCUGGUUUGAAAAAAUAAAUAAGAAUCUUCUUGAAAUGGGUAAAUGAUUGAAAUAAUGUUUGGCUCCCUAUUUGUUGUUAAUGUUAGCUUUAGCAUUUAUAAAUCACUGUGCCACUCUGAGAGCUGCUGGUAUUUCUUAUUGCAUCUGCCACACUCCGACACACACUGGCAACGUUUACACUGUUAUGUUUUCAACAUCAAUAUCUGAUGGAUUUUGACCAAGCAAUUAAUUUAUUUUGGCUCUGUUGCGUGACAUACUCAGGUAAUUGUAUUAGAGCCUAAACAUAUGUAUCAACUAGUCUAGAUUAUAAGAACGAUGAAUAAUUCAGUCUCCUCCCUCCGUUUUGGAGUUUUGGAGGGAGAGUGGUGAUUGGUAAGGGGUAUGGAUAGGGAAAAUGAUUACACAUUUUAACAGUGUUUGCAUGCACCCAAAUUUAAUAAGAUUCAAAUUGUACAUUUCUCCAACCAUUAACAAUAUGCUUGAAUGAAAACCAUACAGUCUUUUCAAUAAUCCCCUCUAUCAUAACAAUUGAAUCUUCUCCAAAUAUAUAGGAUUUUGAUUAAAAGUGACAAAUUUCUGGUUUGUUUCCUUCAGGAAUACAGAUGAGCAAAGUGCUUUUAAUAAAUUCCCCUUCAUGUGAUACAUAGAAAAAGUAUAUAGACUGACAUGUGCUUGUUUAGUAUAAAUGCACCACAGAGUCACAGAAUGAGUUAAUAUAGAGCCUUCACCAUUAAGUCCUAGUUUCUUUACUCAUAAAACAAUGUUUCAUAUCCCAUUAUCAAAUGUAUUGCUCCGAAAGUGGUGUGAAAUUACCUAGUGCACAUUUGUCAACUCAUGUUGGUCACCAAUUUACAGGUUUAUCAGUGACAAGUUUGGAUUAUUCCAUCAAACCAAUAAUUAGUACACCACCACUCAUCUUUGAACUCAUUCAUUAUUCGCUAGUGCUAUUGCUAUUGAUCCCAGUUGCCCAGUGAGCUCCCAGUGCAGUGAUCCCAUUGCCGUUAUGUCGGCCGCUCAGCAU